AUGUCUUCAGGGACGGAAGCGGAGAGCAAAGCGCUGCCAAUCGUUGUGAGAACUUAUUUCUCGGAGGUCAUUGAAGACGAUGGGAACUUCAUUCAAGCAGUUUGCAGCCUUUGCAGGCACAAAAGGAAGACCAUCCGAGGGCAGCACAAGGCGCCAUCCAAUUUCACCAAACACGUGCAGAGAAUCCAUGGAGAAAAAUAUCUGAAGAUGAUGCACAAAAGGAAAAAUAUCCGUUGCAAGCAAAUUGGUGGUGACAUGUUAAAAAUGAAUGCGGACGUUCCAAAAUAUUAUGCGCCUCACCGGGAUUGUUUUCCACGGCAUCAGCUGCAUGAUGGGUCAUUAUCCAAAGAAAAUCUGGACCAGCUGAUUCUCAAUUUUGUCAUCACCGAUAUGCUUCCCUUAUCGAUUGUUGAAGGAAGUGGCUUCCACACUUUGAUCAAAGGGAUUAUUCCCAGGGCUGCAAUUAUUUCUAGAGAAACCUUACAGAAGAAACUAGCGAGACAAUGUGGUUUGGUCCUUGAAAGGAUUAAAAAGAAAUUGGCCUCUGUCGCUUACGUUUGCACGACUGCAGAUGCGUGGACACAUCGGGGGCAAAGUUACAUGGGGAUGGCGUGUCACUGGAUCAAUCCAGCCAACUUGACAAGAGAAACUGCGGUCUUAAGUCUCCGACGCUUCACUGGGCCACUCUCUUACAGGACGCUCGCAUCUCUGUUGACAGAGGUACACACAAUGUACGAUUUGGACUCCACAAAAAUAACACACGUUGUCACAGACAGCAGAAGCAACUUUGGGAAAACCUUCCGGCUGUUCUCAGUACUAGAGGAUAACUUGGACCGACAAGAAGUGAAGGGCGCAGAGCAGCAAGCUGAUCUCCCGAGGGCUGACGUCUGUGUCAACAUGUGCAUUUACGAUACUUUGUCGACCAAUGUGGUCGACCCUUCCUGUGUGUUUUACUUGCCGCCCUGCGUGUCCUGUUUUUCCUGCACCCUCAACUUUGUCGCCACGACCGCUGCUUCCAGGGCUUUGGUCACAAGCCCUCCGUACAGGCAUCUUUUUAAAAGUGUGGCACGCAAAUGCUCCGCUCUAAGGAACAUUUCCCAAGACAGCUUAAAAAAUGCAGAGCUUGUGAAUUACGCCCUGGGAAAGCCGGGCUGCAAGCCGGCCUCUGUGUGGAAUGCAGAGUUUGAUUGCUUUUGCCGCAUCUACGACAUGCGCAGCACAAUUAAUCUCGUGAUGGCAUGCCUUCAGCUUCCCAAAUUUACCAACUUGGAGCUGGAAUUCCUAGGCGAGUGGCUGGAGGUGAUGUCCCCCAUGGCUACGGCCCUUGAUAAACUCCAAGCAGAUGAGGCCGUGGAGUCUUUCUACGGCGCUGUCCUACCCAUGGUGCUUGUGUUAAAGUGCCGACUUGAGUCGGUGUCUCCAAAAUACACUUCCUGUCUAGCAGAUGAGUUGAAAAGGGAACUUCAAAAGCAGUUUGGGCACAUGUUGACUUUGGAUGCUGCUGUGAGUAGCAAAAGCACAAGGCCCCUGGUCAUUGCUUCCGUGUCGCAUCCGUUCUUCAAGUUGCGUUGGCUGCAGAGUCUAGAUGAUAAAGAAAUGGCCCGGGAGCUUUUCUUGCAAGAACUGCUCCGUUGCGACGCUUUGGCGAAGCUCGGCAGCCAAGCAGCAAUGCCAAAAGCUGCCACCGACUUCUACGGCUUCGAUGAUCGGGGAAUGGCAGCAGCCGAGUCAACUUUAAGAAAUAUCGGGUUGCAAUUCCUAGACGAUCCCUCGCACGAAUUGGGGCAACUGAAAAGAUACCCGGCCAUUGCAAAGCUUUUUAUCAAAUUUAACACCACCCUGCCAAACUCUGCUCCUGUAGAGAAACUAUUCUGCAAUAACAGUCAGGUCCUGAGCCCCCAAAUGGCGUCUCUUCAGGAUGAUGUGUUUGAGAUGAUGAUGUUAUUGCAGAAAAAUCCCCAAUUCCUUGAAUGAUAUAGUGUCUCUAAAGCAGCUUCUCCAAAUGACCUCUAGAUGUGGUGGACUACAACUCCCAGCAGCCCCCAGCCAGCAUGGCUAGUUGACAGGUGGUAGGAGUUGUAGUCCAACACAUUCAGAGGACACCAGGUUGGGGAAAGCUGUUCUAGAGCACUAUUCCCCUGCCCUAAUGUGCUGGAACAUAAAAAUAUAAGAAUUGCCCUGCUGGAUCAGACCAAGGGGCCAUCUAGUCCAGCACUCUGUUCACACAGUGGCCAACCAGCUGUC